GUGUAGUUCGAAAAAUGCACGCCACUAACGAUGCGUUUUAAGUCAGAGGCCAUUCUGCGUAACAUCUCUAAUAUAAAGUACACGGUUAAAAAUUUUUUAAAACUGGGUAGUUUAGAUACUGUUAAGCUUGGAUUCGUGAAAAUCUGAUACCAUGAUUAAGAGGAUACUGUUGUGUUUGGGACUAUUGCAUGCGGCUGCCGGACAAGAUGGCUGCAAAGCCCCGGCAUUUCUAUCGGCAGCAGGCGGUUCCAUCGAAACGCCAUAUUACGCUUAUCCGACAAUGGGCGGAUAUCCCAACAAUCUUAGAUGCCGUUGGGUAAUCAGGAAUCCAGCCAACAAUAAUAUCUCAAUUUCAUUUGCCGAAUCCUUCUGGCUGGAGCCAACAAGUGGAUGCUCCUAUGACAGAAUCGUGUUUUUCAAUGGAGAACGCACUGGAGCAGUAACUUGCAUGCAGGCUUUAGGCGACACCGAAGCGCAAUUCAACACUGGACCGUUGUGCGGUGCGGUCGCACCGGCUCCUUUUGUUAUUGGGAAAAGGCCGGGUGAUACGACCAGCGUUUUCACGGUUGAAGUCUGUACGGAUGGCUCUCAAACUGGCCAAGGUUUCCAUAUGAAUUUCAAUGCCACCAAUGACGCGGCCACUGCACCUUUGCUCGGAACCACAACACUUCCCCCGGUGACCGGACCAACAAGUCCUCCGAUCCCGUUGCAGGCGCAUUUUCACUUGACCCUGGACGAGCAGCUCAACAGAACAGUCUAUAUAACUUCACCGGGUCACCCUGGAAAUUAUCCAAAUUACGCCAAUUAUUCCUGGACCAUUUCUACGGAAUCCAAUAGCUAUAUCCAAGUCACAGCGGAGGCGUUCAGCCUGGAAUAUAACUCCCAGUGCGGUUACGACAGCCUGACCAUUGUAGAUCCAAAAAAAAGCGACGAAGUUGUAGGCGUUUUCUGUGGAAACGAUGGUCCUAUCGAAAUUAAAUCUUCUGGAAAUGAGCUGCGACUUUACUUUAAAACCGAUGGAUCGGGGACGUACGCUGGAUUUCGACUACGAGUUGAAUUGACAAAAUGCAAAGCUGGCGAGUCCUCGUGUCCCAACGAUCCCAGCGGCACCACUUGUUUUUCGCCGGAUAUGCUGUGCGACGGCAAAGGAGAUUGUCCUAAUAAUGAAGACGAGAACUGUCCUCUGACAUGCGGUAAUCCAGCAGUUCAGCCAUGGUUAAGCACCAGGUUUGCCGAAGGGAUGGUGCAGUCCAGAAUUGUGGGCGGAAUUGAGGCUCGGCCGCACAGUUAUCCUUGGCACGUGGCAGUGUUCCCCGAUCACAGCAACGCUCGCGGAGUGCUUUGUGGAGGCACCAUUAUUGACCACCAUUUUGUGCUGACCAGUGCCCAGUGCUGUGUCAACUAUGCAAAUAAUCCCGCAACGGGUCUGCACAUUGGAGUGGGCGAGCAUAACAUUCUGGCCUCCCGCGAGCCACAUGCGAUCAACUACACCAUCCAGCAAGCCUUCCUACAUCCUCGAUAUGCCCAGGGUCCUUCUACAAACCAGCCGUUAAAUAAUCCAUCCUAUGAUUACUGUUUAUUGAAAACUAAAUUGCCAAUUUUCUUCAAUGACCAUGUGGCUCCAGUCUGCCUGGGUAUGAUGGAAUACCCCGAGAAUACUCGCUGUUACCUGUCUGGAUGGGGAGCGGUCUCACGAUCGCCAGGAUCAUAUCCAAAUGUUCCUCUGGUAUCAGAAGAGUGGAGCCCAACCCUGCGCCAGGUCGACCUGCGUGUGGUCAGCGCAGCACGCUGUCGGUCCCUGUUUGCCCAGCAAGCAGUACCAGAUUUCAGUGAUCAGAUGCACAAUAUGACGAAUGUUAUUGGACAGGAAAACAUGUGCGCCGGUACUCCUGGUAAAGGAGGGUGCUUUGGAGAUGUUGGUGGUGCUUUGGUAUGCCAAAGUCCAAGUGAUCCCCAAACCUGGCAAGCAGUGGGCAUCUUUAGCUCUCGAUAUGGGUGCGGUGAUACAUUGCCUUCGAUCUUCUCAAAGGUAUCGUCGGCCGUGGAAUGGAUUUCCUCGGUGAUGUUUUCAUAAUCAUAACAGAGUUUCCAGUAAUUUAACAGUCUUGAUAAAUUGCGUCCGUUCGUGUACUUUACUUGAUGUGCAAUUUAGGAAUGGCUUUGCUGCUUGACUGUAACAAAAAGGAAAACUCGAGAUACGUCUGAUCUAGCAGUUGCUGGUAGAAUGACCGUGUUUGCUUUAUAAAUGUUCAUGUUAAUUAUGCACUUUAUACAAAGAAUAUGCACUGGAGUCUAGAUGUUACAGGACGCAGAAAAACAAAUCACAACGACAAACAUGA